AUGGAGUUGGCGAUGCAGGUAGAUACACGGAUCAUCAAUGAACCUGGAGUUGAGGCUGGACUUCGGGGUUCCGGCUGCAGCCUCCGGCACUUUGCUUGCGAACAGAAUCUGUUGUCACGGCCAGAUGGCUCGGCCUCUUUCCUGCAAGGUGAUACCUCUGUCUUGGCGGGUGUGUAUGGGCCAGCUGAAGUGAAGGUCAGCAAAGAGAUCUUCAACAAGGCCACACUAGAAGUGCUCCUGAGGCCGAAGAUCGGGUUGCCAGGUGUUGCAGAGAAGAGCCGAGAGCGACUGAUCCGGAACACAUGUGAGGCGGUGGUGCUGGGGGUGCUGCACCCCCGCACCUCCAUCACCGUGGUGCUGCAGGUUGUCAGCGAUGCUGGUUCACUCCUGGCCUGUUGCCUGAAUGCUGCCUGCAUGGCACUGGUGGAUGCAGGUGUGCCCAUGCGAGCCCUCUUCUGUGGGGUUACCUGUGCCCUGGACUCUGAUGGGAAUCUCGUGCUGGACCCCACAGCCAAGCAAGAAAAGGAGGCCCGGGCAGUUCUGACCUUUGCCCUUGACAGCGUGGAACAGAAGCUGCUGAUGUCUACCACCAAGGGGCUCUACUCCAACACCGAGCUUCAGCAGUGCCUGGCCGCAGCCCAGUCUGCCUCCCAGCAUGUCUUCCGCUUCUUCCGGGAAUCACUGCAGAGGCGUUACUCCAAGAGCUGA